AUGACGGAAGUGCCUCUUUACCGUAUACUCAAUCCGGCCACGCCUCCUUCGCCCCAUCUAGCGGCUCACACUCCUUCUUAUUUGACAGCACUGUUAGCACGUUCGUCUGGAAAUAAUAAUUCCAAUUCCCCCACAACUAAUAAUCUUCAAACCAACCUAUCAGCUGACACGGUGCUGAAGGAACAAUCCUCUGCUUCCAGAAAUCAGCUGCAACAGCUUGAAUCGCUGCUACACCACAAUCAACCUUAUACUCCGUUCCACUCGUUCCUGGACGGUCCUUUAACUCCUUCAGCUACCCCUUUAGCUCACCGCUUGCCCCGGUUUCACCCUAUACCUCAAUACUCUAUUGGGUCAUCAUCACGGGCUCAAAUCAAGGAAAAGGACACAGAAACAAUGAAUAUUGAAUCAAAACCUUCCAUUAAUCAACAAAAGCAACAGACAGAGUCAAAACCUCCAUUGCCCCCAAAGACUGCUUCAACCGUACCAACGAGCAAUGACAACGGAUCACGUCAUCUCCUCUCCACGAGUUCUCCAGAGGGGAUCCAUGUGGCAAGCCAAAUCACUCCUACCAGACUAGCAAACCUCUUGAUUCGUAAGGGUCCUUUACCCAUUCGUCACAUCACAUCUCAAUUAGCACUUGAAGUGACUAACUUUACUAACUUGUCCUUGUCGAAACAGAGACGGUUAAUAAUGGCAGCCAUGGACCAAGUAGAUCCUGAAAACAAUGUUGUUUUCGAGAAGAUAGGCUGGGGUCAAUGGGCUGUACGUAAAGUUGAUUCUGAUUUCAUUGUCACUGAAGGUACAGAGUCUGCUGGUGCCGGCACUGGCGAAACCCAUAUCAACAAUGGCACUAGCAUGUCAGAAGGAAAUGGUAAUGGUGAAUCCAGGCCUCCACUUAAUGUUCACGAUCUUAGAAACCAAACCAAUUUGAAAUUAGGCUGGUCAAAGAAACAGAACAACAAUAGUAAUGAUAGUAAUGGUACAACCAGGAAAGCACUCACAGGGAGAAGAAUGUCGGCAGAAAAGUUUAGAAGAGAGUCGAUCACCUCUAAGAGUAAGCUGAAGAAUCUACAUAAUGUGCGUCCUCCUACGGACUUCAAAGAAGAUAUGGCGAUUGCCAGUGAUCUGGAAGACGAAGACGACAAUGCGUUGACAGAAUUCGAUGAAGAUGAAGAAGUAGAUGACGACGAUGAAGAUGACGAAGAAGAUUUAGCAAUUUCUUCUCACGCUGUUUCUUCUGAGUCUGAACUCUCCUCUGGUCUGGAUGUCGAACUCCCCCCAAACUUACUACGCAACGCUACUUCGAAUGCUGUUGUUGAUGAGGAUGCAAUUGUGGAUGAAGACGAAAAGCCUGUUUUGUUGUCUAUCGAUUCUCGAUCGACUAUUCAAGAACCAUUCCAUGUUAGAGCCAACUCUACCAAUUCAAUUACUUCAAGAAGGUACUCUAACUCCAAUUCCAAACGAAUGUCUCCUCCAAUCAGAUUCGCUAAAAGAGUGCCCAUGAAAACAAGUCCUCCACCUCAACAACAUGGUUCCUUCUCAUCUGCCAGUAGAAGACGUUCUUCUUCUUCCAACAACCAAAUCGGGAAGAUAGCCAGUACUCCCCGUCACCAGAUAUUUUCUCGUUCAAGGUUGAAUUCGUUUGAUAAUUUGGAUAACUACAUUCUUUCUUCUGCCAAAAGCUCUCAGAUUCUGGUCAACUCUCCACCACCACCACCUAACGUUUCCGUGUCUUCAUAUUCAGCAACAUCUUCAAAUGCUCCUCAAGUAGGAACUCAAACGUUUGUCAUCAGUCCUCCUCAAGAUGGAUACUUGCCAAGUAGAAGAAAGUCCUCAUUCAAUGAAUCUCAUCUUCGUCUGACAAUUACGUCAUCUCCCAACCCUGCUUCUCCCAAGCUUUUACCUGGAGGAGGUCGUAAUAACGAAGACAUGCAAGUUGAUGACGUGGAUACAGAAGAUGAAGAUUGGGAACGUAUAGGCGCAGAGAAGUUACGCCAGCAAGAAGCGUUGAACGCUGAAAAAAGAAGAAACGAUGCCGGUCAUCUACAGAAGAAUAGUAAUAUUAAUACCAUUUCAUCACCAACUGCGGAGCCAGUUGGUAGUUCUCCAAAUCAUUCGCAUACUUCAGGGUCUCCUUCCAAGGACCAAGCUCGUUUAACAUUCCAUGCUACGGCUGAAGAUGAGAGAGCAGCGUUUGCUUUGGUUGAUAUGAUGUCUGUAUGA